CAAAUGACACUUCCAGUGGAUUCUGCAAUUCUUCAUAUUGCAACCCUCUUACUGCUGCUGCUGCUUUUACCACAUGGUAUCACAGCUCAAGCCUACAGUAACGUAACUUUGGGCAAAUCUCUUACUGCCGGUGAUGACAACACUUCUUGGCCUUCUCCUUCCGGACUGACUACUGUUUCAGAAAUGGCGGCCACUGUAGUGCCGAUAGCCUACCAAAACAAAACAUCUUCAGUGCCGGACUGGCUAAACAAAGGGGACAACGCAUGGCAGAUGAUAUCGGCAAUGCUGGUCAGGAUGCAGAGCGUGAUGGGUCUCGUCAUCCUCUAUGGAAGCAUAGUGAAAAAGAAAUGGGCAGUCAAUUCAGCUUUCAUGGUGCUCUACGCCUUCACUGCCGUCUUAAUCUGCUGGGUCACUUGGACUUACAAGAUGUCUUUUGGUGAUCGUCUCCUCCCGUUCUGGGGCAAGGCCGAGCGAGGUUGCUGGAGACGACGCAGUUAUACCACAAUAGAACCGAGGAUACGGCUAUGAUUGCACUGUUUUAUCCUAUG